ACAGACCCUGGCAGGUUCUGGAUAUCAUCCUGGACACUCUGAUGUGGCAGCAGCUAAGAGGACAGAGAAACAAAAUAUUUCUAACUAGGAGAAUGCUUGCUGACACCUGCCAUGGGAAGCAUGGGAUUCUGAAAUCAUAAAUCCUGAAGAGGAAGCACAGCUGAGAACACCCCAUCUUCCUUCUGUGGGGAACCAUCUCAAUGUAGUGAAGAUUGGAGAAGUGGAAAGGGGACGGCAAUUGCCUGUGCUGUAUCAAGCUUGCUGUCCUCAAAAUUACCCUAGACAGCAGGUGUUGCUUUACAUUGAUUUAUAGGUGAAUUACACAGCCUCGGAAGUUGCAUGCCUAGGUUCACGUGACUUGGCACUGGAAGGGUCAGGGGUGCAAUGUUCUGGAGAACAACGCUGCCUCCCAGUGUUGGUGUUCUGCUUCCUCCUCGGUGGCAGGGGCAAUGUGCACCUGGCUGUAAGGAAGCAGUGCAAGCAGACCUGGAUAUGUCUUGUGGAUGCUGAGAUUUCAGACGAAGUUCUCCAAUGGCUUCUUUUCAUAUCCGCCAGUUCCAGGAGAGAGACUAUGAAAAAGUCGUGGAUUUGUUCUCCAGGGGCUUGAAGGAGCACAUCCCUGCCUCCUUCCGCCACCUGCUGACACUGCCCCGAACCCUCCUGGUCUUAGUUGGGGUGCCUCUUGCCAUAGUCCUGCUGUCUGGCUCCUGGCUCCUGGCUCUUCUGUGCAUCUUCUUCAUGCUUCUGUUCUUUUGGUUCCUUGUCAGUCAUGCCUGGAACAAGUAUGUGUCCAACAGUUUGCACACAGACAUGGCUGACAUCCCCAAGUUCUACCUGAGUGCUUGUGGUUCCUGCUUCUGGGUGGCUGAAUCUGAGGGAAUGGUGGUGGGCAUCGUGGGUGGUCUGCCAGUCCAGGAUCCCCCAUUAGGAAGGAAGCAGCUGCAGCUCUUUCGCCUGUCUGUGUCCUCACAGCAUCGUGGACAGGGGAUAGCGAAAGCAUUGGUCAGAGCUGUCCUCCAGUUUGCACGGGACCAGGGCUACAGUGACGUUGUCCUUGAGACAGGUGCCAUCCAGCAAGGUGCUGUGACCCUUUACUACAGCAUGGGCUUCCAGAAGACACGUGAAUUUUUCAUGGACACACUCCUGUGGGUCCUGGAUCUCUCUGUAAUUUCUUUCACCUACUCAUUCCCUUCUGCUCCCGAACAUGAGCUGUGACCUUCUUCCUCUGUGUGUCCGUCAGCCUCCAGCUCACUGUGCUGUGGAAAAAAAAAAAACAGCCCUGAUAUUGCAGUGGAUAAAUCAUAGAAUUCCUUUGUCA